UGCAGACCACCAACCAGUCACGCUGUGCAGUACCAUGGAAGAACAAGCAUGUGUUUCAGGAGUGGUGGGGUUGCAUGUUUCCUGCAUUUGUAGUUCUGUUUAUUUUAGUCUCCAGCAGGGACCAAGCAGACAGACAAUGAAGUUCCGGAUGCGACUGCGGUUUCGUUUCUGUGAGCAGCCAGUACCGUGCGGCACAGCUUCCUCCUGCCAUACUCUCUCUGCUUGGCACUGUCCCACAUGGGAGGCUGCAGCUUCAGGGAGGCUGCAGGACGCUCAGCCUGGGCAGUCAGUCCCCUCUCCUCGUAAGUUUCAUCACGCCUGCGGCAAGAAGAUCUUGGAUGAGAAAGUCCCUCAAGGAGAGAAUUUAGCUUACCAGGAGCAAGAACAGACAAUGGAUCCAGACUUUUUAAAUGCAUUUAUACAGCCUCCUGCAGUGAAUGAAUUCCUAGCUGAGAAUGUCAUCGCUCAAGGUGAGAAGAAGAGAUUCAUAAACCCAAGCUCCAGCAAAAAUCCCAAAUUGGAAGAAUUAAAGCUGUCAUUGAUUGACUGGAUUAACACAACUCUGAAAGAAGAACACAUAGUAGUUAGAAGUCUGGAAGAAGACCUAUAUGAUGGACUUGUACUUCAUCAUCUUAUGGAAAACCUAGCAUCUCUCAAACUGGAUGUUGACGAGAUUGCGUUAACAGAAAAGAAGCAGCGACAGAAACUCUCUGUGAUCCUGGAAGCUGUGGCUAAGUGCUUGCAACUAGAAGAAAGUCAGCUGAAAUGGAGUGUGGAAUCUAUCUUGACAAAGGACUUACUGAGCACACUGCAUCUUCUGGUUGCAAUAGCAAAACACUUUGAACCCAACCUGGCCAUACCUUCAAACGUUCAAGUGGAAACAGUCACCAUUGAGAACACCUCCAGAGGAUUAAAGACAGCAAAUGGGGUGGAAUACAUCACAGAAAACAAAGAGAAUUUAGAAGCUCAGUCAAAGGACGAUGCCUUUGAUGAAUUAUUUAGCCAUGCUCCAGAUAAACUGGAUGCUGUAAAAAAGGUAUUUCUGCAAUUUGUCAACCAGCAUGUUGGAAAAUUAGGAUUGAAUCUGAAGGACCUCGAAUCCCAGGUAGCCUGCUCUAAGUUUGCAGAUGGUGUUAUCUUACUUCUGUUAAUUGGACAACUGGAGGGUUACUUUCUGAAUUUAAGGGAUUUCUUCCUGACUCCAGCCAGCACUGCAGAGAUGCUUCACAAUGUUAACCUUGCACUGGACUUGCUGGCAGAUGGAGGUCUUCUGGACUUCUCUGUCAACUCUGAAGAUAUUGUGAAUGGAGAUCUGAAGUCUACAAUGCGGAUUCUCUAUUGCUUGUAUUCCAAAUAUAAGACCAAAGGAACAUGAAGAGCAAGGCCAAGAUCUUGGGCCUAUUUGUAUUGCCUUUUUUCCUCCUUUUUUAAGUCUUGGUCUGACUCUUCAAUUUCCAGCUCUGUUUACCACUGUUUGUGUGCACAAACUUGUGUUUGAUACCUGCCAUAUUGCAUUGUAUACCAAGUACGUAUUCCUGUGACGUUUGGCAUACACCGCCCGAGUUAGGGGUAUGUGUGUCCAGGGCCAGAGUACUGUAUAAUUCUGUGGCUGGAGCUCUUGCUCCAGCUCUGUCUCUUGUUCUCUCUGAGCUUCCCUAAUGCUGCAGUGAAGUAUAAUGUGCUUUUCUUCUGGACUAUGGAUUAUUUGCUUCUGGAGAGUAAUUUGGAAGCUGCUAUUGCAACUGCUCUGCUUCCCUGCAUCUGAGUCACUCUGGAAACUAGAGAGGGGAAAGACCCACCACAGCAUCUUUGAGAAGAUUGUGGACAUGCUUGAAGCUCAAGUUCAAAAUCUUUGUGCAUGUGUCUAGAUCCUUGGGUGGGAGCUCUCUUCAUUUGGGUCCUAGAAGCUUGCUGGCAUGAAAUGCUGGGGAACUGCAGUUCAAGUGCUUCGUGGUGUCCCCCACACCUGUAUUCUUGGUGCCCAUUAGGCUUUACUUCCUGUGGAGAGCUACAGUCUGUGCUGGGCUUGUCCUUGUGCUGUAGGAGGUCCAUGUCAGCUGGGUGGUUGUGUUUCUUUUGGGAAAUGGAGCCAGAGUCUGAGAUUGUGCCCAUGAUAGUAAAUGGCAAGUUGGAAUCUGUA